AAAUAGUGAAUUUAGAUUGUUUGCUCCUGCCUCUUAUUUACUUUAGGUUGACUGGGCAAGAUCCUUUAUUGAAUCCUUUUUUUCUUUCAUCAAACCGAAAAUUUGUGUACUUGGAAAUACUACGUUCAUUCAGAGUCAAAAUCUUCAAGCAAUGUCAGACACAGCAACUCCGGCUCAAUUUCCGUGCACGGACCCGCCUGUACGCAAUCAAGAUGAUGCCAUCCCUCAAAACGGCUCAGUUAUCAACCCCAGCACCCGCACCACCGCCGUUGAAAACCUAACCAGACCGAACAACAAAGGCAAUCAACAACCGGUGACGCCUGUUCGAGCGAAGAGAAGAUCAUCAGAAACGACCAUUGAGACCAGUUGGUUGCCGCCGGGAUGGGUUGUUGAAGAUCGGAUUAGGACCUCUGGCGCGACAGCUGGCACCGUAGAUAAGUAUUACAUUGAUCCUGCCUCAGGUCGUAAGUUCAGGUCCAAGAAAGAUGUUCAAUAUUAUUUGGAAACUGGAACCAUAAAGAAGAAGGGAAAAUUGAAUGAGAACUCUGAUGCCGAUACUAAUUCUGCAGGGAAUUUAAAGGGUGAUAAAAACAAGUCUGGCGCAAACACAAGUUUUGCUUUGAACUUUGAUUCUUUUAAUGUUCCUGAUAGGACCGAAUGGGUUCUUGCAAAUGCAAAUGAAGAUACCUGGAUUCCCUUCAUUGAUGGUAAAAAGGUACCUCUAUACGAUAAGGAACAAUGGGAUUUUGCAUUUGCAUCUCUGACGACAAGCAGUCAUGGUAAAAGAAAGCGAUGAGACUUGAAACUUGAAAGCGUGUAGAAUGUAGCACGCAGUAUGAUCGAGGGACAGUUUUAAAGAGUCUGGGAGUCUUCAUUUUCCCUUUUUUUUUUUUGUGGCCAUUUAUAUUACAGCUUUCUGUUCAUGAAAUUUAUCCGGUCUAGCUCUAGUACCAGUCAUAAUUCAAAUAGUUUAUAUAUAUAUAUAUAUAUAUAUAUCAUAAUUCUAGUCACAGUAAAUCAAAAAGUUUUCUUUAGCAAAUCGAUCCGGUCUAGUUCUACCUGACAGACUCACAGCAAUUCAAAUAGCUUCUUAUCAGAUCUUGUCUAGUUCUAUA